GCUUGGGAGGCGGAGCUAACUAGCAAACGGGGGGGGCCUAGAGACGAAGACGCUAAAAAGAAACCCGGAGAGACGCACUUGUGACGCACUUCCGGGGCGCUAAGCGAGAAAAUGGCCGCGUCCCAGCAGCAGGCUUCCGCAGCUUCCUCUGCUGCUGGUGUGUCGGGUCCUGGAUCGGCGGGUGGCCCGGGUCCCCAGCAGCAGCCGCAACCACCGGCACAGCUGGUGGGGCCUGCCCAGAGCGGGCUUUUGCAGCAACAGCAACAGGACUUCGAUCCUGUGCAGCGCUAUAAGAUGCUCAUCCCGCAGCUGAAAGAGAGUCUGCAGACUUUGAUGAAGGUUGCAGCCCAGAAUUUGAUUCAGAACACUAACAUUGACAACGGACAAAAGAGCAGCGACGGACCCAUACAGCGCUUUGACAAGUGUCUGGAGGAGUUCUACGCCCUCUGUGACCAGCUGGAGCUCUGCCUGCGCCUGGCACAUGAGUGCCUGUCACAGAGCUGCGACAGUGCCAAGCACUCUCCCACGCUAGUGCCCACAGCCACCAAGCCGGACGCGGUCCAGCCUGACAGCCUGCCCUACCCACAGUACCUGGCCGUCAUCAAAGCCCAGAUCGCCUGUGCCAAGGACAUUCACACGGCUCUGCUGGACUGCGCCAACAAGGUCACGGGCAAGACGCCUGCGCCACCUACGGGCCCCGGGGGCACGCUGUGAGCUGGCCGGGAGUGGGGCAGGCCUUGGGGGAGGGGGACUGGGAGGGAAUGAAGAGUGGCCUCAAAGCA